UCUGUCUUUUUUGUCCUGUUGCACAUUAAAAUAGUCUUUUUUGGUCAUCUAAUACAGUAUCAAUCAGGUCCACUUCCAUUGGUUCCUAAAACAUAUAUACAAUUGUAAUAAAGUAUUCGUUUUUAAGUAAUAAAUAAAAUUUAAAUAAGUGAUAAGAAAACAAAACAAAAUAUGAUGAAAUUCUUUUUUUCUUUAAAACAAAAUCGUUCUUUUAAUCAGAUAAAAAUAAUAAAAGCUUUCCUUUAUUCACUCACGUGUCGUCACCUUUGACCUCCACCUUUCACACUCUAUAGAAAAUUGAAGAUGAUCGCCAUGUUUUUGAUUGUUGUCGUGAGUUGUUUAUUGUCAUUUAGCCAUGAGGGAAGUGUUGCAACAAAUACAGCUGAAUGUUAUAGAAGUGAAGACAUAUUAGAUUGUCGAGAUGAUGUCAAGAAAGUCUUUAGUGGAGAGAUAGAAGGAUCUAUCAACAGAGUGUUGAUGAACCAUAUAAUGAACAGUGAUCAGAUUGAAAAUGUGCGCAAUGUGAAAGCCUCUUGUGUUUUCGAACUAUCAUUAUCUAGUAAAGAGCUAUGUGACACAGUGCAAGGGAAAAUUAUAGUGGUGAAUGGGGAAGAAUGUUCAUCGUAUGACACAACCAUUGAAACUUACAGCAAAGAUGUAACAUCCACAGAAAAAAUGCCACUAGGAAUAAGCACUAUAAUUGGGGUGAAAGAAAUAGAAGAAGAAGAAGAAGGAAACACCACUCACAUCAAUGGGAUAUAUUCUAACGAAGGAACAGAAAGUCCUAGGAAAUGGAUAAUUGUAGUCGUUUGUCUUUCUGUGUUUUCUUUAACAAUUUUAUUUGUUUCUUUUGUUAAGUUUUUAUGUACUUAUUGUAAAAAGAGAAAAUCAUAUCAUGUAAAUAGUAUUGAGUUAAAAAGGGUACCUAGCAUUACAUCUCAUUUAUCAUCAGAGGUUGAAUUUUGUGUUUUAAAUGAAAGGAAACAAAAGUAAUCUCCUUUUUAACAUACUAAUAUAAUUUCUUCAAUUUGAUUUUUUUCUUUCAUUCCAGACAUUUUGGCAGUUUGUGUUAUUGGUGUUCUAUACCUUCUACCAAUAAAUCCAAUUUUUAGAGAAGAUUUGAUAGGGUACUUACAGAACAUUUACUUUUUAACAACCGGAAGACAUUUAAUUAUUUCUAGAAAGUUCAAAAAAUAUUGUAAACAGUUUUCAACCUAUGUGUAUUAUUUGUUAAACAAGAAUCAGCCAAGAAGAUCAAACAGAACAAGAAAUCAACCUGAUCGUUUAACAUAUCAUCAUUAGAAAUAUUAAUAAAAAAAAAAAAAAAAAAAAACCAUUUGCACUUACCUUUUCAAUAGUUUGAUGUGAUGCUCUUUCUUUUUUGUCCAAUCUCCUGACUUUUUCCAUUAAAUUAAACAAUUCCUUUUUCAACAUUAUAAUUUCUUGUUGGGUAUUCAUGAUGAAAAUUUAAUUAUAAUUUCAUUUGAAAAAAUGGUUAGUAUUUAUAAAGAUUGGUUGUCGUGUAAAAAUAUGCAAUAAUCAUAGAAUCAAAAACAAAUUAAAACAUGACUUUUUUUCUUUGAAAUUAGUUUUGUUAUUAAGGAUAUUCAUUCCUUUAAUGAUAUAUUGAAAAUCAUGAUUACACUUAAUUAAUGGUGAAAAUCUCAUCUCCAAAUU